AUGAACUCUUUUAACUCAGCUCUUGGAAAAAACAUCAGCUUUGUGAGACCUGCAUACUUCAUAAUAAGGGGAUUUAUUGGUAUACCUAAUAUCAAUUAUUACUAUGUCUUUCUCUUUUUUGUUUAUGUUGUUGCAGUGCUGGGAAACACACUUGUGAUGGUCGUCAUAUACUUGGAUCAUAAUCUGAGAACUCCAAAAUAUGUUGCAGUUUUUAAUUUAGCAUUUUCUGACCUGUUUAUUAGCUCUUCUUUGUUGCCAAAGUUUCUUGACAUCUUUCUGUUUAACCAUCUCUACAUCCCCUACAAUGACUGCUUGACGUUCCUUUUUUUCUGCUACACUAGUCUUUCAAUGCAGGCUUUUAAUCUGGUUGCACUGUCCUAUGACAGACUGAUAGCUAUCAUUUACCCACUACACUAUCAAGUGAAGGUGACCAACAGGUUCAUGCUGUCUUUGAUUGCCUCUUUCUGGGUCUUUGUCACAAUUGCAGUACUCAUUUCAGCUGGCCUUCUUACAAGACUUUCCAUCUGUAAGUCUGUGGUUAUUAACAGCUAUUUCUGUGACCAUGGUCAGAUAUAUCAGCUUGCGUGCAAUGAUUAUUUCCCCAGCUAUGUUAUUGGUAUGAUGUUGGUAUGUCUUAUUCUUUGGUUUCCAUUAAUAUUCAUCUUGUUUAGUUAUUCAUGUAUUGCCUACGCAUUGUCUAAAGUGGCCACAGUUCAGGAAAGACUCAAGGCCUUUAAAACCUGCACAGCUCAUCUUUCACUGGUGGCAAUCUAUUUUCUCCCAGUGUUAAUCACACUUACUAUAGGUACCAAAAUACAUCCAAAUGCCAGGAUCAUUAACCUGUCUCUGACCUCCGUCUUUCCCCCAAUGUUGAACCCAAUCAUUUAUGUUCUGCAGACACAAGAAAUAAAAGAUUCUGUGAGGCGUCUGAGAAAACGGUUAAUUGUCAAGCAAUCGGGACACAAACGCAUGCCUUUGAGGGAUAAUUCUCAUAGCAAAAUUAAGAUGGCCCAACAGAGAGAGAAGAUCCCUUUUUGA